AAUUAAAAAGGGCACGCACUUUAAAAAAUCGCAAAACCAGGACUUCUGGGCAAAUAAUAUGUAACGAAGGAACCAAUAAGCAAUCAUAUUAGUCGCGUGGCGCAGCCGCAAGGUAGAAAAGCAGUAAAACACAGCAGCAGCAGAAAGCUCAAAAGGCUCCGAAUUCCUUAUAUUUCGCUUUCUCAGAAAUCCAAUCGAUGGCGCUUGAUUCUAUGUCGAGUGACGGGCUCGUAGUUGAUAACACUCUCCAGGCUAUCUGCUACAAACGUGGCUCCCUUAAGCUGCUUGACCAGAGAAAACUUCCUCUGGAAACCGGGUUCUUAGAUAUUCAAGAUUCAACAGACGGAUGGAACGCAAUCCGGGAUAUGGUGGUUCGAGGGGCGCCCGCUAUUGCCAUAGCUGCAGCCCUUUCCCUGGCGGUAGAAGUUGCCAACUUAAAGGACUUUAAUGGGACAUCUGGGGAUGCUGCUUCUUUCCUUGAAAUGAAAUUGGAAUAUCUUGUCUCAAGCCGACCAACAGCAGUGAAUCUUUCAGAUGCCGCUACAAAACUUAAAGAAAUUAUAUCAAAGGCUGCUUCUACUGCUACAGAGCCUGGGAGUGUUUUCCGGGCUUAUAUAGAAGCUUCUGAAAUUAUGCUUGAUGAUGAUGUUGCUUCAAACAAAGCAAUUGGGUCUCAUGGAGCAAGUUUUCUGCAGCAGCAACAGAAACAGAAAAUUUCAAAGAGAUUUUCUGUUUUGACCCACUGCAACACUGGAAGUCUUGCCACAGCUGGAUAUGGUACUGCCCUUGGUGUAAUCCGUGCCCUUCAUGCUGAAGGAGUGUUGGAAAGGGCAUAUUGUACAGAAACACGACCCUUCAAUCAGGGAUCCAGACUCACGGCUUUCGAGCUGGUGCAUGAUAAAAUACCUGCUACUCUAAUAGCAGAUUCUGCUGCGGCUGCUUUAAUGAAAGAAGGUCGUGUCAGUGCUGUUAUUGUUGGAGCAGAUCGAGUGGCAGCAAAUGUGAUUGCAGGUGAUACUGCUAACAAGAUUGGAACCUAUAGCCUUGCCUUAUGUGCAAUGUAUCAUCAUAUUCCUUUUUAUGUUGCUGCACCGCUUACUUCCGUUGAUUUAUCUCUUUCUUCUGGACAAGAAAUUAUUAUCGAGGAAAGAUCUGCAAAGGAGUUAUUGCACUCACGGGGAGGACUGGGAGAGCAAGUAGCUGCAUCUGGGAUCUCUGUCUGGAACCCAGCUUUUGAUGUUACCCCUGCCAAUCUAAUAGCCGGUAUCAUAACAGAAAAGGGUGUCAUUACAAAGAAUGACAUUAAGGAUGCUUUUGACAUCAAGGAUUUCAUAGAGAAGGCAGCGGGGAAAUCUACUUUCUGAAUUUGGCAUCUCUAGCUGUAAGACAUUACAAACUCAAAGUCGAGGUUAUUGAUAUGUAAGCUGGAAUAUGAGCUGAUCGUGCCUUGUGUUGUAAGACUUGUCGGAAUUUUUUGUUCAUUGAUGCCAAAUUGUUGUACUACUGGCUUUUCCGAGGUUGUAAAUGCACAAUAACAUCAAUAAAUAAAUUACUAAUGUGCAGGUGGUUAGGCUCUCUUUGGUGUCAAACUCAACGCAUGAGCCGGAUUUCUUGCAUUUUGGUUAAUGAUUAUUAAUGAAA